AUGCCUAUGACCUGGAAUCAGGAGACCGACGCACGGCUCCUAAUUGCCAUCAUUAACACUACCCCCAACAUCAAUUGGGAGGCGGCGGCGGCUUUCCUUGAUCCAAAAUGCACAAUCAGUGCCCUCAAGCACCGCGUCGCCCGGCUCAAGGACAGGGCUGGUAUGCCAGUUACCCCGCGGUCCAAGACCAAGACCUCCAAGACUGGUACCAAGCGUGCGGCUUCUAUGAAGGCCUCCAAGGAGGACCUUGAGAAGGCUAAGUCAAAUCUUGAGACCAAGACCAAUACCUACAAAAAGGUUAAGGUCGAGGACGCUGGUGACGAGGACAGCUUGGACCGCGUCAAUGACCACAGCGACGAGGAGGAGGAGUUCCCUGAUGACGAUUCCUUCCCCCAGUACGUCUAG